AUGGACAGAGAGCAGAAUUCCAUCCGGCACAAUUUGUCACUGAACAAGAGUUUCGUCAAAGUUCCUCGCAGUAAGGAUGAGCCUGGAAAGGGAGGAUUUUGGAUAUUAGACCCAAAUUACUCGAAAUCACUGGUAGAUGGAGUCUUCAAGAAGCGUCGCUCGACCCAAAAGCAGACAAACAGCGUGUUUGUAAAGAAAUCUCGAAAAGAUAGAGGCACCAAAAACUUGACCGAGGUCCGGAAACGAUCAUUACCAAACGUCGUUCAAGACACCCCUCCAUCGUCGGCAGGCGCAGGUAGAGAAGCUGAUAACCUCGUUCUCAGUGUAGGAGGUUUAAGAGCAGCGUCCACACCUUCACUUUCUCCUGUAGUGAACAUGGAGACUAUUAACUACACUCUAGACAUUCCCAACGGACCAGAGACUUCACAACAUAAUGACGUGGAAAUUCCUUUUCCAAAUCAAGGUAAGACAGAUAUGUACACCAUAGGCGAAAGUGUACAGGAUGACCUCAACGUUCUUCUAGAUUACCCGUACACCGACUUAGAAACGCUUCAAAAGUUUCAAUCUUCAGAAGAUGCAGCUGGCGAGAAUCAAACUCGACCACUGAUCCUAGAUGACGACUUCUUCCCUCCCGAGAUAAACGAUUCUCCUCUUCCCAAUGAUUUAGACCUUUCAUCUACGCCAACAGCAGAAACGUUUCAGUUUACUGACCAGGUUACAAAUCUCUUUUCUUCCGAUUGGUGGUCAAGCUUCCAGCAAACUCAGAAUGAUCUUCUAUGUCUGACGCCAUCUUUGCUCAAUUUCUCGCUGCCGUCCUCAUCUUCAUCCAAACCCAAUCAACUCGGAGAGGGUUCGAAUGUUCUAUAUCCAACAGAGUUGUGUCUACCAGCAAGUCCUUCUUGUGCAGGUUUUGACCACCAGAUGGCGCUAGAGGAAACGAGUAAUCAACCCUGGGCCGACUGCAAAGCCGCUCUAGAAGCUGCUGCCCUCGACCUGGAGAGUUUUAACGACUAUGAUGCUAGUCAUGUUUUUUAA